AUGCCAAAAUUCUUAUGGUUCGGACAAGAGUGCGAUUACUUUGCACUAAUCCACGAACUUCUCGGUCCUUCACUCGAGGACUUGCUCAACUAUUGUGACCGGAGUUUUUCGCUCAAGACCAUACUCCUCAUUGCGGACCAGGCCAUUUCUCGAAUCGAGUAUAUCCAUUCCAAAGGUCUUCUGCAUCGGGAUAUCAAGCCUGAUAAUUUCCUCUUGGGCGUUGGCAAACGAGGAAACAUAUUGUACACUAUUGACUUUGGCCUGGCGAAGGAGUUCCGCGACGCAGAGCAUUAUCCGACUCUGGAAGGUCGCGUUCUUUGCGGACUGCUCGAUACGCCAGCAUCAACAACCAUAAUGGACGCGGUAGAACAAUCCUGGAGUGAUGAUUUGGAGUCCCUGGGCUAUGUACUCCUCUACUUUGCCCGUGGCUCAUUGCCAUGGCAGGGCAUUAAAGCCGCGACCGAUAAGGAAAAAUUAGAACGUGUCAAAAACUACAAGAAGACUUUAUCAGUGGAAGAGCUUUGCAGUGGGCUUCCGGAGGAAUUCUCCACAUACAUCAACUACACUCGGUCGCUUGGGUUCCAGGACAAACCGAAUUAUGCAUAUCUUCGUCGACUGUUCCGCCGCCUGUUCACGUCAAAGGGUUUCAACUAUGACAACGUAUUCGAUUGGACGGAGAAAAGAUUUUACGAAUUACGUGACAAAGCUGAGGAGCCGAUAAUGGAACAAGGGUCGGACUCAAAUGAUGCAUGA